AUGUUUACAAGAAAACUACACAUGUACCAGAUAGUUAUUAUAGUGAUAGUAAAUAUUGUGAUAGUAAAUGAUGUUUUGUGUAUCGAAUUUAUACAGCUUGGAGACUCAGGGGGAUUUGAAGAAAGCCCUGUAGGGAAGCAGUACGAAUCAAUUUAUCAGAAAGAUGAACCUGAAUUUUUGAUUGAAGAUAAAGUGCCUAUUAUAAGAGAAGGAUUUAAUUAUGAUAGUAAAGAGGACGACGAUAUAAAAACUUUGCUAGAAGAGAAGUAUAAGUUCAAGAAUGAUGAGAUGUCCACGAGGUAUAGGAUAUCGAAUGAUGAAGGGGGGUAUCCAGACGAUCGUAACAUAGCGUGGGCCUUCCGUUCCUACGCCGUCCGUCGAAUCGUUGGUGGCAUGGAGACCAGCAUCAGCAUGUAUCCCUACAACGUGGCCAUCUCCAGAAAUGGCAAGCACUGGUGCGGGGGCUCCAUCAUCGAUGAGCAGUGGGUGCUGACUGCGGGACAUUGUCUGGAGUCGGCCUACGAUGGAGACAAGAAGAAACUCCAGCCCUUCAUAGUAAGAGCUGGAAGCUCCUUUCACAAUAGAGGUGGAUACCAAGCUAGAGUAAAUAAGGUCUUCUUCCCAAAACACUACUCGCCAGGCAGCGCCGACUUCGACUACUCGUUGUUGCGACUCGAUAGACCGAUGCCUAUAGGUCGCAACAUAGCUGUGCUGAAUCUGCCUUCGAAGGACUACGUGGUGAAGGAGGAGGAUAUCCUGAUUGUGACUGGAUGGGGGAGUACAGAUGAGUCUGGUUUCGGCCACAUCCCGGACCGGCUCCGAUUCGUGCCGGUUCCGGUGAUGGUGAUCGACGACUGCCAGAAGUCCUACCGGUUCUACAUCACGCCGCGGAUGAUGUGUGCCGGGUACGCGACGGGAGGGAAGGACGCUUGUAAUCAUGACUCAGGAGGACCAGCGGUCCGCGAUGGGGUCCUUCUAGGCAUAGUCUCCUUCGGCGGCAAGCAGUGCGGAGACCCGCGGUCUCCUGGCGUGUACAGCCGGGUCUCUGAGGUCACGGACUGGGUGGAAGAGACCAUAACCAAGAACGAGGCUCAGAACGUGCCUGAACUGCAGGCGAAGAUAAAAAAAGCGAGGAUGAGGGAGAGGGAACUGCAGAAAUUCAAAGCUCGCGUAGAGGACAAGAAAAACAAAAUCAAGAGCUGGCUCCGAGACACCCUCAAGUCGCCCACCUUCAUCAAGCUGGCCAAGAAGAAGCUCAAGGAAGCCGGCUACCAGACCAGAAGGUUUCACGUGGUGGAGACCAACGCUAGUGCCCUGGAUGACCAGGCCAUGGAUGAGAUUAACCUGUCGAAUUUGAUACAUGAAAGGAUUAUUGAAGGUGAUGACGGCAACGAAGCAGAAAAAUUAUUGCGCACACUAGCGCUCCAAGAGGUGAUGUUGAACAACAACAGUGAGGAAAUCUUCUACAAAGACAUGGAGAGCGAAAGCAUGGAGACCUUCAGCUUAUGCGUGUAUUGCCAGCAUGACAAGAAUGGAGAGGUGGAGCGCCAGAAUAGGGACAUUCUCAAACGCCUCAAAAUUUCUCAAGUGGAAAAAAAGAACUGGAAGGAGGCUCUUCUUGAGUACAUGGCGAUGUACAACAGUACACCUCACACAGUUACAGGAAAAACACCUGCGGAACUGUUCUUUAGACGACAAUUUAGAGACAAGCUGCCUAUGAUUCAAGACAUGACGCAUUCCUCGGCGGACCUUGAAAUGAGGGAUAGAGAUAAAGAACUAAAAGAAAAAGGGAAGGAAUAUGCGGACAUGAAGAGGAGAGCUACUGGUUGUGAAUUGGAAGUUGGAGAUAAGGUAUAUGUCAAAAAUAUGACUAAACAAAACAAGUUGAGCUUGAACUACGAACCCGAGACACAUACCGUCGAAGAGAACAAAGGAGGAGACGUAAGUCUCCGGAACGAUGAAACUGGUCAGCGGAUCAGACGAAACGUCGUACACCUAAAACGUGUGGAAGGACAAUGGAAGGUGUUAGAUGAGGAGAAUAAUGCCAGUGAUGCUCAGACAAAUGAUAGUGGCGAUGUAAAUCAAUCACAACUCGGGUGGAUAAACUGA